GAAAAAGCUGGCGGUGGCUCCAACCAACAUGGAAGAUGAGGCGCAGUUUUACAACGUCGCCAGCACCGACAGACGAUUACCAUGGGCUUCAGCCGCGUGCUGCAACAAUGCCAUCGAUCGGCAGGGCUUUUGAGUGGUGGGACUGCCGCCGCCAUUGCCGGCGUCACCGCGUUCUACCUGGCAGAUCUUCCUGUUGUCCAAGCAGACUCGGCUUCCAAUUGCUCGAUGCUAAUUAAGACGCAGUCCCUUGAAUCACGAUAUGGUAUACAAAAGACCAUCGGUCGUGGAGGCUUUGCGCAUGUCGAGGCCGGAUGGGAGAAAGGCUCCAACACCCCCGUCGCCAUCAAGCGGGUGUCGAAGUCUCUGACAUCGAGAGCCAAGUUUGUCCAUGAGGUGUCGAUUUUACGGCAGCUUCAAGGACUCGAUCACGUUGUCCAGCUCAAGGACGCGUUUGAAACCCCAGAAGAUUGGAUCCUCGUUACUGAAUAUGUUCAAGGCGGCGAACUCUUUGAUCGACUCGUGCAGAAGGGCACAUUCACUGAACAACACGCCCGCACUAUGACGCGGGAGCUUGCGCAGACCUUGAUUGACCUGCACGCAAAGCGUCUCGUACACGGCGAUGUCAAGCCCGAGAACAUCCUGUUGGAAUCCGCCAACGACAGUGCUCGCAUGAUCCUCAUUGACUUUGGCCUGUCCUUCCGCGCAUCGGAAGGCCGCCAUCCAUGGGACGGCAGCGGGACCGUUGCGUAUGCAGCGCCUGAAGUCCAGACUCAAUCGUCCGACAUCACAACGGCCAUCGACAUGUGGGCUCUUGGCGUCGUGCUCUUCAUCGUCUUGGGAGGGUACCAUCCAUUCGAUGCGAAGUCGGAGUUGACAGAUGCGAAUGUCCGACUUGCCAUUCUCCGGGGCGAAUUCGACUUUGAUCACGCCUCAUGGGGAGGAGUAUCUGAAGACGCGAAGGACCUCAUCCGGCGACUGAUCGUCGUGGACCCUGCCGCCCGCCUUACCGCCGCCGACGUGCUCAAGCAUCCCUGGCUGCACCCUUCUUCCGUCGCAUUGUGAGGAUGUGCUAUUUAUCUCCAUAUUUAACUCACAAAAUUCUCAAAAUUUGCCACAUAAAUGGUGCAAUAUUGGUGAUAUUGUGUGGGCUUUUUCACUA